GUCAGCAUUCUGAUUGGUGCUCCCAAAGCUAACACCAGCCAACCGAACGUCAACGAAGGUGGAUCUGUGUACUUAUGUCCCUGGAGCCAGGGCCAAUCGGAUUGCAGUGUCGUCCACUUUGACAAUGAAGGUAAGGUACCUGGCUGAAUCACCUGGUGGAAUUAUUUGUGAAUGAGUAGCCCUACCGUAGAGCUAACGUAUCAACUAUCCACUGUGUGAUCCUCUCAGUUAUUCCAUCUCAGAUCAAAGCCUUUGAGUAAAUUCAUUUUUUGAUUAUUUAACCUGUUUGAGAGGAUGAGUAGAAUUACUUUAUUACUCCUUCAUAAGAAAACAAGUACCAUUACCAUUCAUUAUAAAACUGGUUGUUUGGAUCCUGGAUGCUGAUUGGACGAGCAGACACACCUAUGCCUGCUAACAGUUCCAUCUGAAAAUUAUCACUGCGCCUCCAUAAGAAUGUCAUGUUCAUGUUGCUGUCUGAAUCAUCUCUUGUAUUUAUCUCAACUCGCACAUUAUUUCCCCUUGCUUCCAGCCUAGCGUUUAGUUUGGUACAGCGGGGGUUAAUAUAAGCCUCACUGUCUGCAAGUCCGACCUCAGCAACAAUGUUUCACUUUUGAAUUUCGGAUCUCUGCAGUACUGUACAUAGAGUGAAUGGUGCCCAGACGAGAUGAAAAAACUUUUUCUAAACCAGUUGAAAUCACGCAUCAACGUCAUUAUCAUGGAUAUAUCCAAGUAAAAACCAAGAGAAAAAAAGCUAAAACAAACAAAAAAUGCAUCUUGUGUACUGUCAUUCCAGGUUCAAUGUUUGAUGUGACUGAGUUAGCUGAAGUUGGCUAGCUAGCUAGCAAGUGACAAGAACGUUAUCCAGCCUGCAUACCAACCAUUUUGUUUAGAAUGGACGACCAGUCCUUUUGCGUCUGUAGCAACAUGGCCAAAAGAACUAACAACCAGAUUUUUGUCCGGACUAUAUAUUUUGGUGGAAGAAUGAAAUUAUAUGAAUUGACUCAUCAAAAUAAAGUUCCAAUGAAAAUAUGUAAUUCAUUGUUAUUUUAAUAUGUUGGUAACAGUUAUAUAAAAGCAAUAAGGCUCUGCUAUCGUGUCGGGCAGAACAACGGCAUUUACCUGUGACUGUAUUCAUGAUACAGCACUGCCUCUUGUGCCUUGUUGCUUAACUAGUGGUUACAACAUGUAAAGCAUUAUGUCAACUGCCAUAAUGUGUAUUUCCUUGUACAAACGUCUAAUGAAUUUCCGAUUAACAAUUUUAACAUCAGGUGUCACAAAGGUUUCAUACGUACAUUUUACAAAGGCUGUAUGCUGCAAUGCUAUCAUAGCAUACCUCCAGUUAAAGUUGGAUUGUAUAUCCAUAAAAAUGUGUCUUCAGCCAUUAAAGACUAAGGCUUCUAUUAGUGAGCUCACUGGCUAUGAUGACCCUGAGGUUAUAGUGGCAAACCUCUCUGUCAAGGCUUAGAGAUUCUUCACCAAUGGUGCUCUGUUUUUAUUUAAACCAUUCUUUGAAGUUUCUCCUACUGUGCUUAGUAGUGACUGAGCCCUCUCUCGUCUUCCCCCUUUCUAAGGCCUCUAGUUUGAGGUAAAGUUUAGUUAAAGCUCUGUAUCCACUACAUCCAGUGUCUCCACAGGUCCUUGGUUGAUUUCCUGCCUGGCUGGAUUGAAGCCCAGUGUUGUAACUUUAAUUAGGCCAAAGCAAUGGGCCAGGGUUCCAGUCUCGAACUCCUAGAGUUUUUCUUCGGGACUGCAGUUUAACUGAGGCCCGGACCAGGAAGACAAUUUCCAUACACGGCCACAUAGAGUCAGAUUUGAACAUUCCUAAUAAGACACUUUAGUCAUCACCUUUGUGCACAAAACAUCCAUUGAAUUAUUAAAAUAAUUGUCACUGAGGCUGAUAUUACAAUUUUAUAUUCAUCCAAUGUCUGCCAUGUUUUUGGAUAACGUGAUGACGUCGUCGCUGCACACGCUGCGCCCUGUGCUCAAUGAGUGCUAGUGCGCAUGUGAUGUUGGUUCGUAUAAACCGGAUGCAACCCGAUAUAGACGGUCCAUGAAUCAGCGAAUGCGAACAUGAGUAGAUAACCUUGAGAACAACAGGCGGACAUCUUGGACGCAGUCUCCAGUUGUUAUUAUACCUCAGUGGGCCAAAGUCAUUAUGGGGACAAGGACCCCUGGGCUGCCUACCCCUAGCUCUGCCUGCCAGUGAAGCGGUCACAGCCACAUCAGAUAUAAGCAGGAAGUGAUAAGGUCCACCGUUUGAGGAUCAGAGAGUGUGUGUUAUCACAUACGCUCACACACAUACUGUACAUUACAUAGACACAUACAGACACUAGAUACACAUAUUCAGACACACAGACAUGCAUGCACUAAAACUGGAAGCAUGCAUUCUCGUGCACCUAAACUGUUUAUACGUGCACAGCUUACAAACACAAACUAUGUACAUGUCCACAGGCUUACAUAAGCAGUCAUGCCCACACACAAACACCCUCUAAUAUGUACACUCUCCAAAUUGAAGACGCAGCUGAUGUGAUAUGUGAAUUCAUGAAUUUAGCUGACAGCUGUUUUACACAGACAGGUAGACACACACACACACUGCCCCAGGCCCUUCCGUUCCCGGGUUUGUGCAAUGCACGCUUUCCCAUGCAGGUCUCUGGGUUCAAAGGGCAUAGUGUGUACUAACACAGUCCAGACUCCAGCAGCCAAUCAGACAGACAGACAUAGGGCAGGGGAGUGGUUAGGGAAGGUUAAUGUUACUUGUCAAGUCCAUGCGUCAGACAAAUUAAUAAAACCCACACUCCCAAGUCUACCGCAUUAAAGGGAUGGUUCAUCCAAAUUUCUAAAUGUGUUCACAUUUUUCUUACCUUGUAUGUAGUCUAUUGGCCAGGAUUGACUGUCUGCAGUUGACGACUCAUGCUUUUUUAAUGAUGAAUUUGGGUGAACUAUCCCUUUAAGGAACAUUUAGGGGUUUUCAUAGCAAGGCUUGUCCUCAUUCGUGUUCAUUCUCUCUCAACAUUACUUAAUAUAUACUGUAGGUUUGACCUACAGUAAUGUUACCACCCAGAAAUCUUGGGUGUACUCUCUCAAAGCCAGCUGCUCAAUGUUUUUGUCUGUCACAGGAAACUGUUUUACCUUCCCCCCUUCAUAAAACGGGGACCAGACUACGAAGGACAAAUGUUUCGGUUACAGUAAAAACGCGUUCCAAGUCCUGCUGAACGAUUUGAUGUUUGCCAAUAGCAUGGUGGAUAGAUUAAGAGUUGAAACUCGGAGACAGAGGUUAUAAAAACAUCAAUGCUAAAAACCCAAGGACACACAUGGGAUCAGGUUGAGACAUAAUUACAAUAGACAUCACUAUGGUUAUUUGGAGGUUUUGCUCUCAAAUAAGGAGUCACGCGAUGAUAUGUUGUGUGGUCCUUCCCCUACGACUCGGGAAACCAUGCAGUUUAUUAGCCUACAGAUUCAAUAAGUUAUGAUGAACUUCACAGGGUGAUGAAAGUGCACAGUGAUGAGCUUGAUGCUGCUUUCCAAUAAAUAUUGAGGGUCUUAUUCUGGUGACAUGAUGAUCGAUGCUUGACUGCCGUAUGACAAAUAAAAAUAUUUGUAGACUAGACAACCCACACAGCCUACCCACACUGUAUCUGUGAGCUGUUGGGUAGAGCGCAGGUGCCAAUACCAGAGUAGGCACAUUUGCUAUUUAACACAAUCGUUUUUGUGACAAAGCUAUCGGUAGAGUUGACAAUGCGAUGGAAACCCAUUGAACACAUAUUUUUUUAAUGCAAAUUCUAAAAUAUUCACAUGAAAAUCUGUCGCCAAUUGGAUGGAAACCUAGCUACUCUCACUCAGAUAUGCAAACAUUUCUCUCUACCAUAUGGCAAAAUGUGUAGAAUUGCAGGAAAUUAGCUGUAAAACUGACAUUUAUUAUUUCCGACCUAUGGCAAAAUGUGGAGAAUUGCAGGAAAUUAACCCUAAAACGUAAAUUUCUCUCCGCUGUCAAGAGGGGAGCCGCUAAAAUGUUUUGCUCGCAAGGUGGGCCCCCCCAACAAAAUGUCACUUAGGGCCCCCAAAAGGCUAGGGCCGGCUCUGACUGCAUGUGUGGAUAUGGAUAUGAGUAUGCAGACCCGCAGGCCCCUCAUGAUGAGUUCCAUUUUUUUGUGGCCCCCACCCCAUCAAAGUCACCCAUCCCUGCUUUAGGCUAUUACAUUCAUACAAGUAUUGUAUUACAAAUGUAAAGGUGUGUUUCUUUGGCAUCUUCCAGGAGAUCGCCGUUUCCAUGUCAAUGACGUCGACGUCCAGGUGGAGUUCAAGUCCCAUCAGUGGUUUGGAGCGACAGUGCGUUCCCAUGGCAACACUGUCCUGGUAAGAUACUAUGUUCUGUGGGAUAGAGAGGAUUAGGUCAGAAUCUAACUGUCCGGUUAGAAAUGACCAUCAGAAAACCAAUACGGACUUGAUUGAUUGAUGAUUUUAUGUGUAUUUUGAUAUUGUUUACAAGUUCUACAUGAAUCGGUCUAUUAUUUGACUACUGUCACAAGUCGACCAUAGCCCCAGUCAUGAAAUGCUUUUCACAAUGUGUCAGUGAUGCCUAGCAACAUCUGACAGCAUUGUCUUCCGUCAGAUAGCACAACGGUGGUUUUAGAAUGACGCCAUCUGACGGAAGACAAUGCAUCUGACAGUUGAUAGUUGAGUUUCUUGUGUGUUGUUUUGAAUGUUAACCCUGUCUAACCCCUAUACCCUUCUCUUGAAUGUGUCCAAGGCUUGUGCCCCAAGGUAUUACUGGAGAACAGAACAUGACGCCCCCUUCUCUGACGCCACAGGAACUUGCUACCUCUCCGUGGACAACCUCAAGACUUUUGUGGAGUACGCCCCCUGUCGCACAGGUACAGUACUGCAAUGACACCCUGAUCCAAAAUACUGCACCUGAAGUCAAUUGAAUGAAGUAGUGCCAAAGCAUGCAGCCACGACUUUGAGUUGUGUGAGGGCUGAAUCCUGACUCCAACUUUCUUGUAAAUUGACCACUGAUGUCAAUGGGAGGUUUGUGUGUGCACGUUAUGAUACAGCCCUGGCUGGGCCAUUUGGGUUGUGGCCUUUCAGUGUGACUCGUCAAUGUCUCUUCCGUUUACCUCAGAGAGACAUGGUCCUGCCGGACAGGGCUACUGUCAGGGUGGGUUCAGUGCUGACUUCACCAAGGUACGUUCAAGAGGAAAAGGAACAAUUCAUUAACAAUUAAAAAUAGAUCAUCUUGGGAGCUUUUUAUAUGGGUGCUUAUGUCUUGGGGGCUGUUCCAGAAAGAAGGAUCAAUGAGUUAGCCAGCUAACUGUCCCAGAAAUUCUGAUAACUUAAUCUUUUUGAGAAAUACAGUGGGGGAAAAAAGUAUUUAGUCAGCCACCAAUUGUGCAAGUUCUCCCACUUAAAAAGAUGAGAGAGGCCUGUAAUUUUCAUCAUAGGUACACGUCAACUAUGACAGACAAAAUGAGAAAAACAAAUCCAGAAAAUCACAUUGUAGGAUUUUUAAUGAAUUUAUUUGCAAAAUAUGGUGGAAAAUAAGUAUUUGGUCAAUAACAAAAGUUUCUCAAUACUCUGUUAUAUACCCUUUGUUGGCAAUGACACAGGUCAAACGUUUUCUGUAAGUCUUCACAAGGUUUUCACACAUUGUUGCUGGUAUUUUGGCCCAUUCCUCCAUGCAGAUCUCCUCUAGAGCAGUGAUGUUUUGGGGCUGUCGCUGGGCAACACAGACUUUCAACUCCCUCCAAAGAUGUACUAUGGGGUUGAGAUCUGGAGACUGGCUAGGCCACUCCAGGACCUUGAAAUGCUUCUUACGAAGCCACUCCUUCGUUGCCCGGGCGGUGUGUUUGGGAUCAUUGUCAUGCUGAAAGACCCAGCCACAUUUCAUCUUCAAUGCCCUUGCUGAUGGAAGGAGGUUUUCACUCAAAAUCUCAUGAUACAUGACCCCAUUCAUUCUUUCCUUUACACGGAUCAGUCGUCCUGGUCCCUUUGCAGAAAAACAGCCCCAAAGCAUGAUGUUUCCACCCCCAUGCUUCACAGUAGGUAUGGUGUUCUUUGGAUGCAACUCAGCAUUCUUUGUCCUCCAAACAUGACGAGUUGAGUUUUUACUAAAAAGUUAUAUUUUGGUUUCAUCUGACCAUAUGACAUUCUCCCAAUCCUCUUCUGGAUCAUCCAAAUGCACUCUAGCAAACUUCAGACGGGCCUGGACAUGUACUGGCUUAAGAAGGGGGACACGUCUGGCACUGCAGGAUUUGAGUCCCUGGCGGCGUAGUGUGUUACUGAUGGUAGGCUUUGUUACUUUGGUCCCAGCUCUCUGCAGGUCAUUCACUAGGUCCCCCCGUGUGGUUCUGGGAUUUUUGCUCACCGUUCUUGUGAUCAUUUUGACCCCACGGGGUGAGAUCUUGCGUGGAGCCCCAGAUCGAGGGAGAUUAUCAGUGGUCUUGUAUGUCUUCCAUUUCCUAAUAAUUGCUCCCACAGUUGAUUUCUUCAAACCAUGCUGCUUACCUAUUGCAGAUUCAGUCUUCCCAGCCUGGUGCAGGUAUACAAUUUUGUUUCUGGUCUCCUUUGACAGCUCUUUGGUCUUGGCCAUAGUGGAGUUUGGAGUGUGACUGUUUGAGGUUGUGGACAGGUGUCUUUUAUACUGUUAACAAGUUCAAACAGGUGCCAUUAAUACAGGUAACGAGUGGAGGACAGAGGAGCCUCUUAAAGAAGAAGUUACAGGUCUGUGAGAGCCAGAAAUCUUGCUUCUUUGAAGGUGACCAAAUACUUAUUUUCCACCAUAAUUUGCAAAUAAAUUCAUAAAAAAUCCUACAAUGUGAUUUUCUGGAAUUUUUUUUCUGAAUUUGUCUGUCAUAGUUGAUGUGUACCUAUGAUGAAAAUUACAGGCCUCUCUCAUCUUUUUAAGUGGGAGAACUUGCACAAUUGGUGGCAGACUAAAUACUUUUUUUCCCCACUGUAUAUACUUGAAAUUAGCAUGGAGUAAUUGACUCGACAACCAACGACCUAUAUUCAAGUUUAGCUUUCUUAAUGAAUCAGGAAAUCAAGAGAUAUUUUUGACUGCUUAUCAAAGUUAGCUGGCUGACUGAAUGAUCCUGCUUUCUGGAACACCCCACUGUAUGAAUACUGUAAGCCACAAAAGACUUACAAUUGAGUUUUAUCUGAAAGCACCUGAUACAUAUUCUUGAUAAAAAGUUCUCAUCAGAGCAGUCGUUUUUCUGUUUGUUUCAGGAUGGGAAAGUUGUUCUUGGAGGACCAGGAAGCUUUUACUGGCAAGGUGAGUGCACUAUAGGAUUUAUGAUAGGACCUUAUUGGGACCAUAUGUGGAUUUAUAUUAAUUGGUUCAACUACAGGACAUAGAGAUAGCAUACAGUAUAGCAUAGAAAACCAUACAGUGGGGAGAACAAGUAUUUGAUACACUGCCGAUUUUGCAGGUUUUCCUACUUACAAAGCAUGUAGAGGUCUGUCAUUUUUAUCAUAGGUACACUUCAACUGUGAGAGACGGGAUCUGAAACAAAAAUCCAGAAAAUCACAUUGUAUGAUUUUUAAGUAAUUAAUUUGCAUUUUAUUGCAUGACAUAAGUAUUUGAUACAUCACAAAAGCAGAACUUAAUAUUUGGUACAGAAACCUUUGUUUGCAAUUACAGAGAUCAUACGUUUCCUGUAGGUCUUGACCAGGUUUGCACACACUGCAGCAGGGAUUUUGGCCCACUCCUCCAUACAGACCUUCUGCAGAUCCUUCAGGUUUCGGGGCUGUCGCUGGGCAAUACGGACUUUCAGCUCCCUCCAAAUAUAUUCUAUUGGGUCCAGGUCUGGAGACUGGCUAGGCCACUCCAGGACCUUGAGAUGCUUCUUACCGAGCCACUCCUUAGUUGCCCUGGCUGUGUGUUUCGGGUCGUUGUCAUGCUGGAAGACCCAGCCACGACUCAUCUUCAAUGCUCUUACUGAGGGAAGGAGGUUGUUGGCCAAGAUCUUGCGAUACAUGGCCCCAUCCAUCCUCCCCUCAAUACGGUGCAGUCGUCCUGUCCCCUUUGCAGAAAAACAUCCCCAAAGAAUGAUGGUUCCACCUCCAUGCUUCAUGGUUGGGAUGGUGUUCUUGGGGUUGUACUCAUCCUUCUUCUUCCUCCAAACACGGAGAGUGGAGUUUAGACCAAAAAGCUCUAUUUUUGUCUCAUCAGACCACAUGACCUUCUCCCAUUCCUCCUCUGGAUCAUCCAGAUGGUCAGUGUCUUUUAUACAGGUAACGAGUUCAAACAGGUGCAGUUAAUACAGGUAAUGAGUGGAGAACAGGAGGGCUUCUUAAAGAAAAACAAACAGGUCUGUGAGAGCCUGAAUUCUUACUGGUUGGUAGGUGAUCAAAUACUUAUGUCAUGCAAUAAAAUGCUAAUUAAUUACUUAAAAAUCAUACAAUGUGAUUUUCUGGAUUUUUGUUUUAGAUUCCGUCUCUCACAGUUGAAGUGUACCUAUGAUAAAAAUUACAGACCUCUACAUGCCUUUUAAGUAGGAAAACCUGCAAAAUCGGCAGUGUAUCAAAUACUUGUUCUCCCCACUGUACAUCAACUAGUUUUUCCCCCUUUUCUUUAAAGGCUGGGAAUUCCCAAUCUUUCACAUUUUUCCUUUUUAUUAGACAGAUACAGUGUAGAGAGACACGAGAGAGAUAUAUUUGUGUCAGCAUAAUGACAGAGUGGGAUUAAAACCUGCGCAGAUGCGUACAUAUGGUUUCCAAGUGGCGAAGUUACCCCCAAGACCAGUGGUUCUCAAACUUCUCCUCGGGGAACCCCAGCCGUUCCAUGUAUUUAAUCCAUUCCAGAGCUAGCACACCUGGUUCAACUUGUCAACUAAUCAUCAAGCCCUUGACUAGGUGAAGCAGGUGCGCUAGUUCAGGGCUACAACCAAAUUGUGAAACGACUGGGGGUCCCCAAGGAGAGGUUUGAGAAGCACUGCCCUAGGUCUAGACCAGGGGUUUUACAAACCUCUCCUCUUGGAUCCCCAGCAGUUUCAUGUAUUUUAACUAUUCCACAGCUAGAAAACGGGAUUCAACUUGUCAAAUAAUCAUUAAACCCUUUAAUAGGUGAAUCAGGUGAGCUAGUUCAGGGCUACAACAAAAUUGUGAAAUGCUAAGGGUCUCCGAGGAGAGGAUUUGAAAACCACUGCCCUAGACCAUUCUCAGGGCCAAACUUCAACAGUCAUUUUACUGCAGCUAAAACCCCAUAAGACAAAGUUCAAAAGUCACGGCUUGUCUUAACCCCUGACAUCUGACCCUUAUCUCCAUCCGUCCUUCCCACAGGUCAGCUUAUCUUAGCCACCACAAAGGAAAUAGUCAAGGCCUACUACCCUUCCUACUUCCUGCUCUCUGUUACCGGACAGAUACAGACCCAUCAGGUGCAGGGGAGCUAUGACGACAGUUACCUAGGUGAGCAUGGUCCACUUCUUCAUAGGAGUUAGACAGAGGCUGCAUCUGAAAUGACACCCUAUUCCCUUCACAGUGCACUGCUUUUGACCAGAGCACUAAGUAGUUGCCUUACCCGAUUUCUCAUUGCACUCUACUCACUGGUAUUGACCCAUCAUUUUUCUCCCAUUCUCUCUCUCUCUCUCUCUCUCUCUCUCUCUCUCUCUCUCUCUCUCUCUCUCACUCUCUUUCCCCCAUCUCUCUCUCUCUCUCUCUCUCUGUCUCUCUGUCUCUCUGUCUCUGUCUGUCUGUCUGUAUCUCUCUCUCCAGGUUACUCUGUGGCCGGCGGGGAGUUCAGUGGAGAUAAUAUUGAAGGUGAGGGUCAUAUUUACAGUGUCGACUGACUCGCUUGCGCAUGAUUGGGUUUUGGGUUUGCUUACCCCAUAGCUCUGUCUAAUGGUUAAUCAUCGGAAGUCCAUCUAAAGUCCCCUAUGCUCUAAUAUACUCAUGUGCUCUAAUCAUUAGAGCUCUAAUCAUUAGAGCUCUAGUCAUUAGAGCACACGAGUAUAUCAGAAGAAUAUCAGAGCACAAUGUAAUAGUCUAUUUAUUACAUAACAUUGGAGUCUACUGUACUUAAGUAGCUCACUCAAGGCCACAACAUGAAGAUGUUCUGCUUAUUUUAAAAGAAAUGAACAACUUGCACGGUGCACUUGGCCGUAUCAUUUAGUUUAUUAAGCUUUUAAGAUUUCAUAGAAUUAUUGCCACAGACCUGCAACAAGCAAACCUCAGCUUUUCAUAUUUUAAACACUGCUUAUAAUCAGCAAUGUUUUAACCCCUCGGUUGUUCACAUUUGGAAGUGCUUGGAGUCCUAGCCCUAGCUUGGACUCAACUCUUGAACUUCCUUUCUCUCUUUCUCAUUUUCUGUCUUUGCAGAUUUCGUCACGGGAGUCCCCAAGGGACUCAUGCUGUAUGGUUUAGUAAGGAGUCCUCACAUAUUUCAUACAUAUUUCAUCAUUCAUUCUAGAUUAAAGUUAAUGAGGGGUAACAUAGGGAUGACUUAAGGAUGACAUAGAGGAAUGUUACUGUAAAGAGGAAGAGGGGGUGAGAGGACGCCAAUAAAUAAAAAGGGGAAUAGUUUCAAGUUUUAAUGUCACAUGCACAAGUACAGUGAAAUGCCUUUCUUGACAGCUCUAACCCCAACAAUGCAGUAAUCAAUAAGAAUGUAAUACUUCUGGAAGUGAAUUAAGAGAGGGAUUUAAAGAAAGAUGUUCUUAUACAAGAAUGAUAUGCAUACAUAUUCAUAAAUGCAUGUGUUACAACUAGGGCUGUUACGGUGACCGUAUUACCGCCACACCGGCGGUCACGAGUCAUGAUGGCAGUCAAAUUCCAUGUAACCGUUUAGUCACGGUAAUUAGGCUUCUCCAAGCUCUGAUGCUGCUGAUGGUCAUUAGUAUCCUACCAAACUUGCUAACUGCCUGGUACUCUGCACUCUAUUGUCCCUCUAAUCACUCUGACAUCAAUGCAAAUGUUAUCGAAAAUCAAACACUUCAUGGGAGCCCAUUUGCUCAUAUUGCGCAACAUUUCUAUAGGCUAAAAUCCCUUUUCCCCGCUGCGUGCUGAAGCACCUCUCACUCACAUCACCCAGUCAAGUGAUCGGGUCUUUCUCAAAGGCUACAAGUGAAGACAGACACAUCUGGGACGCAACUGUGCGCGUCCUUAUCCAAUUCCGAGGUGAGAGACAGAAUAACAACAACAAAAUCCAGAAAAACGCAUGUCAAAAAUGUUAUAAAUUGAUUUGCAUUUUAAUGAGGGAAAUAAGUAUUUGACCCCCCUCUCAAUCAGAAAGAUUUCUGGCUCCCAGGUGUCUUUUAUACAGGUAACGAGCUGAGAUUAGGAGCACACUCUUAAAGGGAGUGCUCCUAAUCUCAGCUUGUUACCUGUAUAAAAGACACCUGUCCACAGAAGCAAUCAAUCAAUCAGAUUCCAAACUCUCCACCAUGGCCAAGACCAAAGAGCUCUUCGAAGAUGUCAGGGACAAGAUUGUAGACCUACACAAGGCUGGAAUGGGCUACAAGACUAUCGCCAAGCAGCUUGGUGAGAAGGUGACAACAGUUGGUGUGAUUAUUCGCAAAUGGAAGAAACACAAAAUAACUGUCAAUCUCCCUCGGCCUGGGGCUCCAUGCAAGAUCUCACCUCGUGGAGUUGCAAUGAUCAUGAGAAUGGUGAGGAAUCAGCCCAGAACUACACGGGAGGAUGUUGUCAAUGAUCUCAAGGCAGCUGGGACCAUAGUCACCAAGAAAACAAUUGGUAACACACUAUGCCGUGAAGGACUUAAAUCCUGCAGCACACGCAAGGUCCCCCUGCUCAUGAAAGCACAUAUACAGGGCCGUCUGAAGUCUGCCAAUGAACAUCUGAAUGAUUCAGAGGAGAACUGGGUGAAAGGUGUUGUGGUCAGAUGAGACCAAAAUCGAGCUCUUUGGCAUCAACUCAACUCGCCGUGUUUGGAGGAGGAGGAAUGCUGCCUAUGACCCCAAGAACACCAUCCCCACCGUCAAACAUGGAGGUGGAAACAUUAUGCUUUGGGGGUGUUUUUCUGCUAAGGGGACAGGACAACUUCACUGCAUCAAAGGGACGAUGGACGGGGCCAUGUACCGUCAAAUCUUGGGUGAGAACCUCCUUCCCUCAGUCAGGGCAUUGAAAAUGGGUCAUGGAUGGGUAUUCCAGCAUGACAAUGACCCAAAACACACGGCCAAGGCAACAAAGGAGUGGCUCAAGAAGAAGCACAUUAAGGUCCUGGAGUGGCCUAGCCAGUCUCCAGACCUUAAUCCCAUAGAAAAUCUGUGGAGGGAGCUGAAGGUUCGAGUUGCCAAACGUCAACCUUCGAAACCUUAAUGACUUGGAGAAGAUCUGCAAAGAGGAGUGGAACAAAAUCCCUCCUGAGAUGUGUGCAAUCCUGGUGGCCAACAACAAGAAACGUCUGACCUCAGUGAUUGCCAACAUGGGUUUUGCCAGUCAUGUUUUGCAGAGGGGUCAAAUACUUAUUUCCCUCAUUAAAAUGCAAAUCAAUUUAUAACAUUUUUGACAUGUGUUUUUCAGGAUUUUGUUGUUGUUAUUCUGUCUUUCACUGUUCAAAUAAACCUACCAUUAAAAUUAUAGACUGAUCAUGUCUUUGUCAGUGGGCAAACGUACAAAAUCAGCAGGGGAUCAAAUACUUUUUUCCCCUCACUCUAAACGUUCUCAUCUGUUGUGUCAGGCUCAUUGCUUAAAACAGGUUUUUUGAUGCUAGUGGUUGUAUUAAUUUGGGAUCUAUCGCAUCUCACAACUGUCCCGGACUAUGUUUGGAAUAUUUAUUUCUCGCACAGAAUAGAAUAGGUCAACUUUUGUACUAUGGGGGAUAGUAUAUUGACAUAGGCUAGUGCUAGUGCUUUUGCUAUUUGUUAGGCCUACUCAUCUUGUUGGCUGACGAAAAGUAAAUGUUGACAGUUCUUCCAAUAUCUUCAAUAUGCGCCUCGGAAUUGGAUAAGGACGCGCACAGUUGCGUCCCAGAUGUGUCUGUCUUCACUUGUAGCCUGUGAGAAAGACCCGAUCACUUGACUGGGUGAUGUGAGUGAGAGGUGCUUCAGCACGCAGCGGGGAAAAGGGAAUUAUAAUUAUUAUAUUCAGGCAAGGGUAUAACGGGCACUGGCCGCAAAAGGCAUUGAUUUUUUUAGGGGGAUUAUGGCCACACAAAGGGGAAAUUCGAGGCAUUAUCAAGUGCUUGUCAAAUUGAGAGACUGAUGAAGUGUGUACAGCCUGCACAAAAAACUAAGCAGAGCUCAUCACUUUCAUGCAACUUUUUUCAAAUCAUCGUUAGAGUCCCAUCAUGCAGCAUUAGAAGGUAUUAAAAUCUAAACAUAUAGCCCAACAUUUGUAUCACAACUAAAGUUACAUUAAUAACUCUAAAUUAAGCAUAUAGGAGUACCUGUUUCUUUGUUAACUGCUCAACACAAAAUAGCUGCAUGUGCGCACUCCCUCAAAUUAUUUGGAGAAAAUAUCCUUUCUAUUUUAUUCAGCUAUGUUCAAUUGUAUUCUUCAUACUAUAAAAUAAUGCCACGGAAUUCUAAGCAAAUCUUGUCUGCUAAAUGAACUAGUGUAGCCCACAGCCAAAUGGCAUAGCCAGAUCAGGGCCUAACAUAAAAACAACGCAUAGUAUGCUAUUCUGUUCUUCUGAAAUAGACUACAUUUUCUUCAUAUCAUGUUUCUUUAGACCUGUCUAAAAUAAAUAAUGGAUUUAUUGUGAUGGGGUAGGCUAUAUUACAUGGAUGUAUUAUACUUUUUAAAAAGUAGAUGUUCCAAAGGUCUGCAUCAGUGGCUUGUAGGCUAUGCGUGGAAGACAGGAGAUGCUAAAUAUGAUUAUGUAAAUUAAUGGACAAUUACCGUGAGACCGGCAGUUAUUUAAUAUCUAUUUUCUUGACAUCACCGCCAUAGCCCUAGUUACAACCAACAGUAUUGCAUGUCUUUUUCUUGAUGGUUCUCCUACAAUCAUGGUUGAUAACUGAAGGUAUUUUCUGAACUCUCUCAAUGCAGGUGUCCAUACUCAAUGGAACAGACCUGAAAUCCAUGGUGAACCUAACCGGAGAACAGGUUGGUGCAAAUCUGCUUAACAGCAAGGGGGCUAGGCUAUACUGUAUUUUUGGCGCCUCUGUUUUUAUAUGCGGGUAUAUAUAGGGGGGCUGAAGGAAUUUGCCCCCAGGAGAUAACGCUGUAUCCCUGGGUCAGAGGUGAGCCCAGAAAUGCCUAUGUGUUCCAUACGUUGUGAAUCAGAAACAGAGGCAGAAAGAGCAGGCACGCAAUCACAUACACAUGUAGACACACACACACGUAUACACGUACACACGCAAGUACACAUACACAUGUGUGCGUAUACACAUGUAUACGCAUACACACAUGCACACACAGUCUUAUACACCUAACCUUGUGGAGACACAAAAUUCAGUCCCAUUCAAAAUCCUAUUUUCCCUAAACCCUAACUCUAACCUUAACCCCAAAACCGAACCUUAACCCUAAUUCCUAACCCUAAAACUAAAACUAGCUUCUAACCCUAAACCUAAUUUUAACCCUAACACCCCAAAAGGUCAAAUACUAUUUCUAGGGGGUUUAGGGUUAAGGUUAAAAUUAGUGUUAGGGUUAGAAUUAGUUAAACACGUCCACACACACACACACACACACACACACACACACACACACACACACACACACACACACACACACACACACACACACACACACACACACACACACACACACACACACACACCACACACACACACCCACACACAGUAUUACAGCUAUAUGCUGACUCAGGCUUUUGUGUUGCAAACUAAGGGGGUGGGGAGCUUGCUUAUGCCAACCCACCAUUGUGCCAAAGGGUUUGGAUUCCUCAAUGGCUAAAUUGCUGGGUGUGUGGAUUAAGUGACAUGGUUUAUUUCAUGUUGCUCCUGUAGUCUUCUAAAUUCUCCAUGGCUGAUGAACUAAUGUACAUACAUAUGUCUGCGUUGUGUGUGUGCUUUCUGUGUAAGCUGCAAACUGACUGCUAACUGCUUACUGCAUAGUGAGAAUGAUCUGAAAUAAACUCCUGGCUGGAUUUGACUUGACGGUCUCUUUAGGUUGACUACUCGCCACAUGAGUGCUUGGACUGCACCGUCGGACUCAGCUGUGUAAACAAAGCUAUGUAAACAAUGUAUCCGUGCCAUACAUUUACAUAUCUUUAUGCAAGUAGCCAUACCAUGAAAUUGAUCUUGCUGGUUAGAGUAUACUGCUGCGAAUUCGGGGGGGUAGCCAAGACCGGGACUCCAACCCAGGUCCAGGGACUGUCAACCCAACACCUUAGCCGUUACGCCAAGAGAUCCGAACCUUUUGACGAGGUCGCUAGGUGUUGGGUUACGGUAGCUACACUACAGUAGUUCUAACAUCACUAACUCUCAGCUUUAUAGAAGGACCACCAUUUAUUUUUUAUUUAUUUCACCUUUAUUUAACCAGGUAAGCCAGUUGAGAACAGGUUCUCAUUUACAACUGCGACCUGGCCAAGAUAAAGCAAAGUAGUGCAAUAAAAACAACAGAGUUACAUAUGGGGUAAAAAAAAACAUAAAGUCAGAAAUACAACAGAAAAUAUAUAUACAGUGUGUGCAAAUGUAGCAAGUUAUGGAGGUAAGGCAAUAAAUAGGCUAUAGUGCAGAAUAAUUACAAUAGUAUUAACACUGGAAUGCUAGAUGUGCAAGAGAUUAUGUGCAAAUAGAGAUACUGGGGUGCAAAAGAGCAAAAUAAAUAACAAUAUAGGGAUGAGGUAGUUGGGUGGGCUAAUUUCGGAUGGGCUGUGUACAGGUGCAGUGAUCGGUAAGGUGCUCUGACAACUGAUGCUUAAAGUUAUUGAGGGAGAUAAGAGUCUCCAGCUUCAGAGAUUUUUGCAAUUCGUUCCAGUCAUUGGCAGCAGAGAACUGGAAGGAAUGGCGGCCAAAGGAGGUGUUGGCUUUGGGAAUGACCAGUGAGAUAUACCUGCUGGAGCGCAGACUACGGGUGGGUGCUGCUAUGGUGACCAAUGAGCUAAGAUAAGGCGGGGAUUUACCUAGCAGUGAUUUAUAGAUGGCCUGGAGCCAGUGGGUUUGACGACGAACAUGUAGUGAGGACCAGCCAACAAGAGCGUACAGGUCACAGUGGUGGGUAGUGUAUGGGGCUUGGAGACAAAACGGAUGGCACUGUGAUAGACUACACCAUUGCUGAGUAGAGUGUUGGAGGCUAUUUGUUAAAUUACAUCGCCGAAGGGUCAAGGAUGGUAGGAUAGUCAGUUUUACGAGGGCUGUUUGGCAGCAUGAGUGAAGGAGGCUUUAUUGCGAAAUAGGAAGCCGAUUCUGAUUUACUUUGGAUUGGAGAUUCUUUAUGUGAGUCUGGAAGUUGAGUUUUACAGUCUAACCAGACACCUAGGUAUUUGUAGUUGUCCACAUACUCUAGGUCAGACCCGUCGAGAGUGGUGAUUCAUUCAUACUGUACAUUGUUGAUCAGUCUGGUGAAGUCAUAGCUGUGAUAUAAAACUCUUGACAAUAGUUAAUCAUUUAUGGCAUAAUAUAGAAUCGUCAAAGAUAACAACACUGAGUGACCAAUCCUCCCUCUCUCUCUGAGAUGCCUAUAGCAGCUUGAGUCCCCACCUCCUCCAAACGCCUACCUCCUUCUACCUUUCAUGUAGCUUACAGAAGCUCUGGCACUGAGCUUAGAGAAAACAGAGAGGAAAGAGGGAGCCAAGGGGGAUGGAUUUGGGGGCCUGAUUGAGGAGGAAGGGUUCUGGGUUGAGGGGAUGUAAGAGAGAGAGAAAUAGAGAGAGAGUGAAGGAGAAAGAAAGAGCGAUACUAUGCCCCACGGUGUGAUUACAUGCUAACUCUGUCUGCUUUAAUGUCUUCCAGAUGGGUUCCUAUUUCGGCUACGCAGUGGCAGCCACAGACAUCAACAACGACGGGUGAGUGAGGCAGCUAGUGGAGAGAAGGAGAGAGAGAUGGAAAGAGAGAAAGAAAGAGAGGGAGCGAGAUAAAGAGAGAAAGAAAGACAAAGUGUGCAAAAAGAAGGCAGGUAUGGCAAGAUUUGGACAGAUAGACUUGGACAAUGUAUGCUAACAAGGGAGAAAGGAGAGAGAGAGAUGGAGAGAGAGUAGGUGAAAUACAGUAUUUCAGAAGAUCCCAUGGUCAUGCAUUUCCCUCUCUCUCAUGUGUCAUGAAAAUUCCUUGUCAUACAGUAGCUACUCCUACACUUCCUUUCUCCUGCCUUCAGGUUCUCUAUUGGCCAAUUCCGCUUCACCUAUCUUAUUAGACUCAUAGUCAGGAAACUCAGGACAUCACACUCACUACACUAAUGCACACUAGCUCAACUUUAGAGGCCUUGAUUUGAUCUAAAGUACUAGUCCAUUGUAAAUCAGCAGAAGUAAAGUUCAUUAUCUGGAGUUAUUUAUCUGUCCUCUCCAGGGCUGGCACAAUUACCGUAUAACCGUGUAACCGACGGUUUUGGAUGAAGACCGUCAUGAAAAUAACCAUAAAAUAUAUAUUCACUACCGUUCAAAAGUUUGGGGUCACUUAGAAAUGUCCUUGUUUUCGAAAGAAAAGCAUUUAUUUUGUCCAUUAAAAUAACAUCAAAUUGAUCAGAAAUACAGUGUAGACAUUGUUAAUGUUGUAAAUGGCUAUUGAAGCUGGAAAUGGCUGAUUUGUUAUGGAAUAUCUACACAGGCAUACAGAGGCCCAUUAUCAGCAACCAUCAGUCCUGUGUUCCAAUGGCACGUUGUGUUUGCUAAUCCAAGUUUAUCAUUUUAAAAGGCUAAUUGAUCAUUAUAAAACCCUUUUGCAAUUAUGUUAGCACAGCUGAAAACUGUUGUGCUGAUUAAGCAAUAAAACUGGCCUUCUUGAGACUAGUUGAGUAUCUGGAGCAUCAGCAAUUGUGGGUUCGAUUACAGGCUCAAAAUGGCCAGAAACAAAGAACCUUCUUCUGAAAUGUUUAAGUGACCCCAAACUUUUGAACGGUAGUGUAUAUAUAUAUAUAUAUAUAUAUAUAUAUAUAUAUAUAUAUAUAUAUAUAUAUUAUGAACAGCUGACUGAAUGACCACAAUGCAGCAGUAGCACACAUACAUAUAGUAUAGUAGCACACAUAGAAAUAGAAUGAAUCGAAUAGAACCGCGGUCAUUUGGCUGGCCAAUUACCGUCAUCCAGAAUUCCAUGACCAUCACAGCCCUACUCCUGUCCUCUCCUCCAUCUCCCCUCACUUUCCCCCCACCCCAUCCUCUCUUCCCUCUCUCUUCCCCAGGAUGGAAGACCUGGUGGUGGGAGCUCCCAUGUUCAUGCAGAGGGGUUCCGACGGACUGCGUUGGGAGGAGGUAGGCCGUGUCUAUGUCUACCUGCAGCGGCAGCCCUUGCUGUUUGAACCCAGCCUGCCCCACCUGGGGGGGAGCCAGGCCUUCGGGAGGUUUGGCAGCUCCCUGGCCCCACUGGGAGACCUCAACCAGGAUGGCUUCAACGGUGAGCACUCUGGAAAAGCUUGGGUCAUAUUCAUUAAUGAACACUGUAGCAAAACAUUUUGCAAUGGAAAACAAACAUGUGGAUUUCUUAUUGGACAAGUUCAGGUAGUCCCUCUCCUUAGUUUUCCCCAUUUGAUGCCUAAAGGCCACACAUAAGAAUAUGUGAUACAUUUUAAUCUUUCAUGCAAGAACAUAACUAAAAUCAGGGCGGAGGGAGUGGGGAUAAACCAUUAUGAAGUGUCAUAACUCUGUUGAUUAUCUGUUGAUUAACUUAGAUAUUGCCAUUGGCUGUCCCUUCGGAGGAGACGACCAACAGGGAUUGGUCCUCAUCUAUAACGGACAUGCCAGUGGACUGAUGGACACGCCCACUCAGACUCUAGCCGGCCAAUGGGCCUCUGGCACCUUUCCCGCCAGUUUUGGCUACGCCCUCCGUGGAAACAAAGAUCUGGAUCAUAAUGGCUACCCAGGUAAAGGAGAAAAUGGUUUAGUCCAAUUGCUCAAUUUUGUUUUAAAUUAUUUUGCCAUUUCCUGUUUCAGAAGGCAUCACAUUGUUCUUGAAUUAGUGUUAAUCUUGUGGUCAUCUUUGUACAGAUCUCAUCGUAGGUGCUUUUGGGGCUGACAAGGCUGUUCUGUACAGGUAUAUCCUCUCACCAGAAAUUGAUUGGCUCAUUGUACAUGAAAAUUAGCUAGCUGACCAAUUACACCCCUUUUUUGUAUUUGUAUUUUAAUUAAACAUGUACCUUAAUCUGAAAGCAUUGUUUUAUAUGUGACCUUUAUGUAAUUUUGAAUUACACAAUUAUUUUUGUAUUGGAAUCAAAGCUUUUGAUUAAGGUAAUCAUAUCACGUCUUCCAAUUGGUUGCUAUUCUUCUAUCAGGGCUCGGCCUAUUAUCAAUGCCAGUGCUUCUCUUACGCUGCAACCUACCAUGAUCAAUCCAGAGGAGAAGAGUUGUACGGUGUCCAAUGGGAACGAGACUAUCUUUGUGUCUUGGUAUGUUGAUACAGAUGCGCUAUCUUAAUUUGACCAUGCUUCUCACAGCAGGAAAAUAAUCCUGCAGCAACAGGAAAUGUGAAUUAUUAUGUGGAUUAUAAUUAAUGGACAUUUUUGUAGGGUUUGAUACGUUUUUCGUUAGGGCAAAUAAAGUCUGAAAUGUUAAAGUGUAAAAUUCUCUGUGACAACAGAUUGAUCAAAUUAAGAUAGUAGAUUUGUACAUCCUUUUUCCUUUUCAAAGAAAUCUGAUUGGUUGAAACACUGCUGAUAUUCCAUGUGUUAAGAUCUUUGUGAAGUCAAGUUUAGCCGGUAACACUUCAUGUUGCGAGUCCCCUUGUACAGUACACUGUACACUGUAGAUGCUCAAAAUAUGUCAAUUGUACUUCCGGACACCACCACUUUUAUUGACUAGGAUAUUACUUUAGCCUCAUACAGACCAACCUUGAUAGGAGGGAAAGUGUCUUCAGCAACAAUAUAAAUUCAAGUGCUAUGGGACUUGGCCCAACACUGAGUCCAAGACAUAAUAUGUAGUAUAUUUUCCACUCUUAAACCAUGUCAAUGGACAAAACGUCCGGUAUUCACCACUUGAUAAUGUCAAAUGACACCAUGUUUGACAAGCUUUUCCAGUCUCCGGUCCAGUGUGAGCGUUUUAUAUUCUGAGCCCAAGCAAAGGGAACAUUUCCCUACUUUUAGUCUCACAAAAAUUCCUUCCAUAAAUUAAAGUAAAACAUUAAUUAUUUUUAGACUCUUCAAAGAAAGUUACGACUAGUGGCUGGUAUCUUGAUAUCCGCCUUUAGUACAGAACAAGUCGCUUUUGUUUGUGUCUUGAUUACUGUUUAUGUUGCUGGGAGACUUGGAGAGGCAGAGGGAGGAGUAGAGGUGGGGUGCUGUGGACAGUGGAAAGGGUGGAGAGGGUUGGCGUUCACUUUGAAUUACAUAUUAUUUGGCACACCAGCCUAGGACACAGCAUGCAUGAGGUGACACACCCACACACACAUGCACAUUCACACAUGCGCAGGCAGAUGACCAUUGGCCACACAAACUCAAACACACACACACACACACACACACACACACGUGCACAGAUUUACAGUGGAGCAUAUAGAUGCUGUAUGUGCAUGCACACUCUCAUAAUCAAAUACAUUCUCUGCUUCUGCUUGAAACGGUUGGGUAAUUUCUAUAAAUGGGGAAUUGGGCUUCAAUUCUGUGCAAAGACUGAAUGCAUUUACAUUCAACGGUUUUAGCUGAGCAUGUACCAAUCGGAUGAAACUUCUCAGAGAUUUCUUCCUAUCAAGUCAAAUCAAAUUGAUUUAUAAAGCCCUUUUUACAUCAGCAGAUGUCACGAAGUGCUUAUACAGAAACCCAGCCUAAAACCCCAAACAGCAAACAACUCCCUAGAAAGGCAGGAACCUAGGAAGAAACCUAGAGAGGAACCAGGUUCUGAGGGGUGGCCAGUCCUAUUACUUGAUCAUAUGUUCAAACUUGAAUACAAGAUGAAUAGAUUUCCAUUACGGGGUAUCUGUUCAAAGGUAGCAUUUUUUACAUGGAAUGCAACAUUCAAAAUGCAGUAGUAUUGUAUAUUAUCACCGUAUGUAUCAGAGAUCUAUAUGGAUCUAUUGAAUAUACAGUAUAGUGAAAUACUCCCCCUCACUAUAUUCUGUCUGUCUUCACCCCCUCCAGUGUCAACCUCAGUUUCUGCCUCUCGGCCAAUGGGAAGCACCUCCCUGCUGAUCUAGGUGAGCCCAGUGUUUUCUUUUGGAAGGACCCCGACACAGCUGUUCCCUAUUACCUUCCUUUGUAUGGCCACAAAUAUGCCUGAACUCACUGUGGUCAAUUUAGCAGUUAUGAUUAAGAUAAAAGGACAAUCGUGUAAGUACAGCGGAAACUUUGCAAGGUUUGUGAGUGCAUGUGUGUGUUUAUGUUUGAGUAUGUGGCCGUGUGAUUGUGUGCGUGUGUCUGCACGUGGGAAUGGGUAUUUGUAAUUUUGUGUAUUGUGUUAGUGUAUCCACAAUAACUGACUAUGUAAUUGCUUUAGUGUGUGUACCCAUGCAUAAAUGCAUGUGUGUUUUAAUGGGUUUGUUUUUGUGAGUAUAGUUCUGUGUAUGUGAUAUGUUCUAUCGUGUGUGUGUGUACGUGUGUGUAACCCACCUUGUGUGUGUGGUACAGGUUUUGUGGUGGAGGUACAGUUGGACCAUCUGAAGCAGACCCAGAAGGAGUCGUCAGUGAGGAGAACUCUGUUCCUGGAUAGCCACCAGCCCAGCCUACUGAAGACCAUCUCCAUGGCCAACGGAGGACGAACGUGUCACGACACCCGCAUCUACCUGCGCGUUAGUCACUUCAAACACUCAAAGAAAUGUUGGGAGACAUAUUAUAAGCUAUUAGGCAUUUUAAAGGCUCGGACAUGCUUAUAACAAGUUAUAAAGCAUUAAACCUGCAGGCUUUAAGUGAAGUGUUACAGAAAUGUUCAAAGACGCGUUGGAAAAAUUGCCUGUUUAUAAAUACGACAAUGAUCCAAUGAACUGUGGGUCUUACCGACCAAUCUCUCUUCUCAAGGUGGACUUAAAGUUUGCGGGAAAAUGUUGGCUAGUUAUUUCGAAUCCAGCCUUCAAAGACCAGUAAAUUGAAACAUUUAAUGAUACAUUUUACAGUUAAUCUUUUUUUGAUUAUAGUUUCUGAAAGUAAACAUUUUCGCUUACGCUGUACAUUUACACUGAUCUGUAACAUCUAGAGGCACACAGUGUCUUAUCUCAACCAGUUAGUUGACAAUAAGUAAAGUAACAGUUAAACACAUCAUGAACAUGAGUCAGUGUAACACCGAUUCACUUCCUCUUGAGUGUGUUGCUGAUGCCGUUGCCCUUCUUUCCCCAUGUGUGUUGCAGAGUGAAGAGGAGUUUAGGGAUAAACUUUCCCCCAUUUACGUCACACUCAACUUUAGCCUGGACCCUCUCGCUUCACUGGACCUCCAUGGCCUGAGACCCAUUCUAAACUACCAGACAAUACACCUUAUAGAGCAGAAGGUAUGCAUUAACUACGCUAUUCAAUUAGGAAACAUUUUGGAAUUGGAAUUUCAGUUUAUUUCCUGAAUUGACUGAAUUGAACUGGAAUUGACCCCAACCUUGCCAGACAUCACACUUUAUAGAGCAGAGAGCGUGUACUUCCAGAAUAUCAUCAUAUUUACUAGACCACAUAUCUUACAGUUCAGAGCUGGUAUGUACACUACACUACUACACUACUACUGAAUCUCCAGUCCACACAACGUAUAGAGGGAUAUGAACAUAGGUGCACUAUGGACAAUGUAGUCCAAAACUAUCAGACUUCACCACGAACACACAUGUGCACCAUAUCUAUAUCCCCCAAUAUCAACAUUUUGCGCCAUAAAGACUUGUUGAAGUAGAAAGGCAUAAGGUCAGAAGUGGCCAUUUUUUUAUGUAUUUCAUAUGGACGACCCUUCACUAGUGCUGGUCCCCAUAUGUCUAAAGGUUGGGGGUUAGUCCUGAUACACAAAGCACGGAAUUACAAUAUGUGGUAGCCAUAGAGUUGGAUAGACGGCACACCUGCUACAAAGCCUUUUUUACUUUACUUUAGAUGAAAGCCUUCAAUGGCAUGCUGUCACAGAAGCAAUAAUGGCAAAGAACAGGGGUAGGCCCUCUUUCCAAUUCCAUGGUGGUAGCUUUUCCAAAUUGAGAAUAGAAUCCUCAGGGGUAGGGGUGGUGGGUUGAGCAAGGAUGGGGAGUCACGGCUAUGCGAAAAAACAGAGGGAGAACUGACAGCUCUUUCUGGGUGGGGCGCUGAGGCUAGCCAUCUGGUUGUGGUUUGUUUAUGUAUGUAGCCUGUGGUCUCCGCCAUGUCAAGAGCCAGACGAGCCAGGCUUGGAGCACGUGCAUGUGUUUAUAUAUGUGUUUGUGAGUAUAAGUAUGUGUGUGUGUGUGCACAUGCGUGUGUGCGUGUCUGUGUAAAGGUGUGUGUGUAUAAGUAUGUGUGUGCUCAGAGCCUCUCACUAUUGGCAGAGAAACCAAUACAACUUAGCUAGAACAGCUUUUAGGAAUAGCUCGGACUUUCCAUGCUUCCAUUAUUACACCGAAAUAUUUUUGCACUCUCUAUCUCUCUCUUGCACUUCUCAACAAUAAAGCUUUUACCGCCCUUUUUGUCCCACGGAGCUGGAGGGAUGAAAGAACAUGACAUUGAGUAAGUGGGGGAGAAGAGAAGAUAAGCAGGGAAGGGCAACCCUUGGUGUUUGUGUGUGAACAUUACUAGUCCCGGUGCGCUCCUCCGUCUUGUGAUCUUGUGCUGACUGACCGAUUACCACAUGGACUUGAGUGAACGAUAACAUUGGAGACUUUAAAUGAGCCGUCGCCAUGGAGACAGAGUGAGUGAUCGCCAUGCCGACUCUGCACUCUCGUAGAAUUAUUUUUGGGUCUAAUGUUUUCCACAUGUUGCUGCCGGGAUGGGAUAGUAUUGUAACAAUGGGUUCACAGUACACAGAGCAAGAGCAAUGUUGGAGGAGGACAGAGGCGGAAGAGAGGGAAGGGGGAUACAGUCUAAUCGAAUCAUAUUCGAUUUAUAUUUUAUUGUGGUUUGUAGAGUCUUUGUAGAGUCAAAUUGCUUAGGAGGCCAAUUCCUCUCCUCACUAAGCAGCAAGUCUUUAUUUUUCACAUUGGAGUCUGUCCUUUCUCGAACAUCUUUGCUCUCCUCAUUCCACCAAAACGAAACACUGUUUCUGUUCAUUCCUUCACCCCUUCUCUCAUUUGCGUUCUCUUUUUCCACCCUCCACUUAUUCCCUUACUUCUCACACCUCUACCUCUCCCCCUCAUUCUCUCAUUUAAGGGGUUAGUCUUCAUAAAACUUUAUUGCUGUGGUAAAUUGACCAGUGGUUGUUUGAAAACCAAUGUAAAUUGUCAUAGAACUGCAUGCUGUUUUGCAGUCUUAAGAAAAUAUACUGGUAGUAGGUAAUAAGCUGAAAGUCUUAGUGAGUUGUAUUAAUGUCUUUCUUGGUAUCACAUAACUCUCUCGCUCUCUCUAAAUCUCUCUCUCUCUUUCAGUAGAAGUGAGUUUUAGCAUUCUAAGAUGAGGAGUUAACUGAACAUUACCUGAAUUGUGCCAAUAAAGGUUUUCUAAAAAUCGAAAUAUCUCCCUCUCUCUCCCAUUACCAUAUCUCUCUCUCUCUCUCUCUCGCUCUCGCUCUCGCUCUCUCUCGCUCUCGCUCUCUCUCGCUCUCUCUCUCUCGCUCUCUCUCUCUCCACCCUUCUGUUCCGCAGGCCCAGAUUCAGCUGGACUGUGGUGAGGACAACAUCUGUGUCCCUGACCUCAAACUGGCUGUUUAUGGGUGAGCUGAAGUCCCCUCUCCAUUACCUGAAACCAAGGCAUUACUCCGGAAUAGCCUACCUUGCUAUUCUCCGCUCUCCCUCUUGACCUAUCGAUAGGUGAAAGGCCUCAGUAGGUCUUCAGCCUAUUGCUUUCACCUGUCAUGACCUCUCAAAGCAGUGGUAACCAAUAAAGAAGAGUAGGAAAGAAACAAUUGGAUACAGACUUAAGUCGCCCUGCAUUAUUUCUGCCUCAUGCACCAAUUCAUGUUGUUACUCCUAUGACCAGAGAAAGUGAAAUAUUCCUCGAUAUAAAAAAAGACACGAGCCACAAAUAAAAGCUUAUCGAAACACUUUUACUCAUUCAUUGCAGCUGCAGCGCUGGUUGUAGCGUGAGUGGAAGUAGGGAGAAUGCGCAUUUUAUGGCUUAUAAAACUGUUGAACAAAGUAUUGACAGUGUUGAAUAACAACUUAAACAUGAACUUACUCAUAAAAACAGCACUUAUUUACUGUAUUCAUUGAGUCUCUCUCUCUAGUCAUGGUUUUAAACGUUUUUAAAUCUCACAUUAUCAACUUUGCUGUGCGUUCAAGGAUUAUUUUUACUGUCUAUGGCGCGAGGAAACUGUACACGGUGAUCUGAGCCAUCUGAUUGACCAGCGGUAGGCCUAUAGGUGCACUUGAUUUGCUCUCUGGGACUGCCGGGUAGGCAGAGUUCUACCUUCAGACACAUGAAAGGGUUCAAAAUGGAAGCCCUUAGCCUUCCUGGCGCUAGGGCAGCUGAAUCAAGUGCACCUACCACCAACAGCGCCAAAAAAUAUAAUUAUAAUAGGAACGCAAGGCUUUAUCGUUGGGGGUUUUACAGAAAUGUUUGGUGAUCGACUAGGAAUGGCUUGGCGAUCGACGGUUGGUGACCACUGAUAUACAUGUAUGUUUAUUUGUCCUUGAUUUAAGAAAUGCACUUGUAUUCCCAGGAGAGUAACCAAAAAUGUUUUGUUUUGUUUUGCUGCUCAUAUCCUCACGACUCUUGACUUGCUCAUGGUUAUUUAAUGGUUAAUCAGUGUUGUUUGAGUGUAGACAACAGCAGAGUAUGUUGCACUAUAGGCUGAAUGGAACAACUGGUGCCAUUCACAAACUAGUAGCUCGAGUUCUUUUCUUGCUCUGUCUUGAGUAGUGUGUUGCACGACUUUGCCAUGUGAUUUUUGUUAGCGGCAGUGUACAAUCAGUUUAAGAGUUUCCCAUGGAAAACUGGGGAAUGUGUGUAUUCCGUUUCCACGAGACCAAGUCAGUCAAAAAAGCGUCUAUGAUUCAGUACUUUCACUAUGCAGCUUCAACGACCUAUCACCAUUGAAAUGUAAUACACAGCUCGUUUUUUAGGACUUAAAUUGUUUGCUUCCCGAGAAUUCCCAUGCGAGAGGUUGUUAUGUGUUCACAACCUUGAGGCCUAUCUCAGAGAUAAUUGUCCUUUAUUAUUGGUACUUUGUGUAGUACAACCUCUGGGUUCAAUUAUACAGUGCAUUCGGAAAGUAUUCAGACCCCAUGACUUUUUCCACAUUUUGUUACGUUACAGCCUUAUUCUAAAAUUGAUUAAAUUGUUUUUUUUUUCUCACCAAACUACACCCAAUACCCCAUAAUGACAAAGCAAAAACAUUUUUGUGUUUUUCUGUGCAAAUUUAUAAAAUAAAAAAAAACUGAAAUAUAACAUUUACAUAAGUAUUCAGACCCUAUACUCAGUACUUUGUUGAAGCACCUUUGGCAGCGAUCACAGCCUCGAGUCUUCUUGGGUGUGACGCUACAAGCUUGGCACACCUGUAUUUGGGGAGUUUCUCCCAUUCUUCUCUGCAGAUCCUCUCUGUCAGGUUGGAUGGGGAGCGUCACUGCACAGCUAUUUUCAGGUCUCUCCAGAGAUGUUAGAUCAGAUUCAAGUCCGGGCUCUGGCUGGGCCACUCAAGGACAUUCAGAGACUUGUCCCGAAGACACUCCUGCAUUGUCUUGGCUGUGUGCUUAGAGUCGUUGUCCUGUUGGAAGGUGAACCUUCGCCCCGCUCUGGAGCAGGUUUUCAUCAAGGAUCUCUCUGUACUUUGCUCUGUUCAUCUUUCCCUCGAUCCUGACUAGUCUCCCAGUCCCUGCCACUGAAAAACAUCCCCACAGCAUGAUGCUGCCACCACCAUGAUUCACCGUAGGGAUGGUGCCAGGUUUCCUACAGACAUCACUCUUGGCAUUCAGGCCAAAUAGUUCAAUCUUGGUUUCAUCAGACCAGAUAAUCGUGUUUCUCAUGCUCUGAGAGUCCUUUCGGUGCCUUUUGGCAUACUCCAAGUGGGCUGUCAUGUGCCUUUUACUGAGGAGUGGCUUCUGUCUGGCCACUCUACCAUAAAGGCCUGAUUGGUGGAGUGCUGCAGAGAUUGUUGUCCUUCUAGAAGGUUCUCCCAUCUCCACAGAGGAACUCUGGAGCUCUGUCAGAGUGACCAUCGGGAUCUAGGAUAAGUCUUUUUUAUCAAUUAUAUUUGUAUAUUUGAGUUUAACCAUAAUAUUUGCUGUAAUAUUUGUUCUGUUUUAUCUGGUCGAUUAAUCUGAAAUUGCAACCAACUUUCUAUGGCUUGUUUAAAAACAAAUUGUCUGGCUUGCCGUUCCAAAUAAAAUGGAAUAUUUUUUGCUCAUAUAAUUUAAAAAACAAUUAUAAAUUGAUUAUAUUUCAUGCACAUGUUUGUCUGUAUCUUAUAAUAUCCUAAAAGCUUUGAAUAAAAUAAAAUUUGACUUACAGUACAACUCCCUCUCCCACCACCACCUUAAACUUUUCCUCCUCUCGUAGUCUGUAGUGAUAGAGUAUCGAUGUUGUCACUUCCUCUGACCUGGCCAUAAUUGGAAUCAUCUGUGUGGUCCUGGUGCAGAGUAUGGGGACAUUGUGUCCAGACCUCCGGUGGACAGAGGGGCGGAUGGGAGGAUGGGAGGAUAGUGAUAAGCCAAGGGACCGGCUCUCCCUCUUUCUGCUCAAUAGCCAGCAUGAAUUUAUUACUACAUUCGGAAGUAUAAGAAAGGGUGGUGGGGGGGGGGGGAUUUAUCACUACACAGGAAGUGCUAAAUCGGACAGAUAUGUAGCAGAAGAAAAGCCCUGGAGGGGAUAUAAACCUGAGAGGACUGUUUGAGAGGACUGUUUGAGAGGACUGUUUCUAUGAGUUUCAGUUAAGAAAGUGCCCCAUCAUUUAAAGAACUGUUGAAUAAUGGAACUUUAGAAUCUUUGUGCUGUGUCUAACCUACAGGUUUUAGAAUGUUCCUGUGACUCAUCAAGUAAACAGCAGCGAUGUUUCUAGGCACAACCCAGUUUUAAACCACAAACUAAGAGGAUUUAGCUACAACACACUUAGGUGGAUACCGGCUAUUGACUGUAGGAUACACACUUAUGGUUACCACCACCAUUUGGAAAAUGCAGGAUGCUUGGAGUCAAGUUUGAGACAACGUUGUGUGGUGUUUGUGUGUUUGCUGGGAUAACGCUCCCCCCCAUCACUGAUAUUGUGACAGACAAACAUGUUCAGGAGCUUCAUAGAAAACAUGUAAUUGAUCUUCAAAGAUGAAAGGAGAUUAUUUUCAUCAUGUUCAUCAUAUGUAGACAACGCAAUCUCCUUGAGAGACAAAACAUCUGUGACAUGUUUUGGGAAAUGUCUGAAAAACGAAACAACUACCUUUGAUUGUUGUCCCCCAUGAUUAAAUCUGUUUCCGUCCGUUAGCAUUUUCAUUAGUAAGUUAGUCACACAUGAUAUCUCAGACAAUACUGGCCCGAUUUUUACGAAACUUGGGUGAAUGAUGAGUCUUGCCAUAAAUAUCUGGCAUUUAAUGCUAACUUUGAAAGGUCACGGCCCUCACCCCAUUUCACCUAAAGUCAUGAAAUUCGGUACAUAGGUCCCUCUUCUCACAAGGAACAAAUUUGCCUCAGGGAUCCCAUAAGGUCGCCAUGAUGGAUUUUCCGUCAUUUAGAAUUUUGUGAAAAACACUUCAAACGCUGCUCUUCUUGCACCGAAUGACCGAUUUGCACGAAACUUGAUAUGUGGAAUCUAUGGACAAAGGUCACUCAAUGCAAUAUUUUCCAGACUAUUACCUAAAACAACAUGGCCGCUAUUGACCAAUAAACGUUCACGAGGGCGUGGUCUGGCACAUAAAUGCGUAUUGUAACAAAAUUUGCUACAAAUGUUGCAAACACUGUCAAGACUCAACAUAUGCAAGAACAUUCAUAUUGACCUAUGGUAGUGCUAUAUCUCUUGAUUUGUUUGACUCAGAGUGAAGAAAUUUGGCACACAUGCUCAGGUAUGUGAGUCUAGCUAACCCAUGCGAUAUCUCAGACACCACUGGCCCGAUUUGAGUGAAACUUAGGUGAAUGAUGCGUCUUGCCAUAGAGAUCCGCCAUUUACAAAAUUACACUGAUUGGCCCAAUGGGGCGCUAUUGUACUCAACUGUACAUACAUUAGUCACACGCGAUAUCACAGACACCACUGGCCCGAUUUUGAUGAAAUUUGGGUGAAUAAUGCGUCUUGCCAUAGAGAUUUGUCAUUUACAAUAUUGGGGGGCGCUGCAUCAUUGGUGGGGGAUGACAUGUUUAUUGUUGCUUUGUUUUACGUUGUUGUGUUUUCUUGUGGUUUCCUUAGCGAUAGGACGGAGGUGUAUCUGGGUGACGAUAACUCCCUGACCCUGACUUUCAAUGCCAGGAACGAGGGAGAGGGCGGGGCCUACGAGGCAGAGCUUUACAUGGUGCUUCCCCCAGAGGCUGACUACAGUGGUAUAGCCCGUAACAAUGCGGUGAGGGAGCAACCAUCUGUCCUGUCCCUCUUAGGGGACAUGCUAACUCAAAAUAAUGCUACUGUUAAUGUUCAUAUACAGUUUCUAAUGAAAAUGACAUUGCUAACAUAAUAAAGAUACAUACCUGCGCUAAUAUGAAUGCUAAUGCUAAUCCACAUGACAAUGACCAUAAUUUAAGUAAUAUCAAUGCAAUAGUGAUGAUACUAACGAUGGCCUGAUGACUAAAACGAUGGUAAUGAUAUAAAUGGUUUGAAAGAAUUUGGAAAUACUGUGAAGUGAAGUCUAUGUCUCUCUCUCCAUGUUUGUGCUUGAAUCUCAUAAGCAGAGUCUGACUCAGCUAACCUGUAGCUACGAGGCAGAGAAUCAGACCCGCUAUCUGGUGUGUGACCUUGGCAACCCUAUGAAGUCUGGCACAAGUGUAAGUGGACCAUCAUGGACUAACUGUUUCUUAAAUUCAAAGUCAAAUGGAGCUUUACUGUCAUGAAAGGAACAAUCCAAUGUUGCUGAAGCAAUAUGUUACUUCUGUCCUUCUGAUUGUGGAUUUCUGUAUGUCUGUACAAUUAUCUGUCUUUACGAAUGAUGUUGUGUGACCCAGACUGAUCCAGGGUCUGUUAAUGACUGUGUGUGUGUGUGUUUAUGACGGAUUGUCUUUCUAACAGAUCUGAGGUCAGUGUAUCUCUAGUGUCUUUGUGGCUGAUCGUGUGUCUUUUGUGUGGAUCUUCACAGUUGUGGGCAGGCCUCCGCUUCACUGUGCCCCGACUGAAGGACACUUACAAUACGGUGCAGUUUGAGCUCCAGAUACGCAGGUAUGUCAGAGUUGUACCUUCAGCACAGAAAUUGUAUAAACUAUAAAUUACUUUACUGUGUACUGUAUUAAUAUUUAGUUAAAUGUUGAUGUGAGGUUGAAUGUUUUUGUACCUCAAUCCUCAUAAAUACUUCCAUACUUACUCCCGUGUCCUGACUGAGCUAAGUUUAGGGUUAGUGGAUAGUUAGUUCAAUUGUUGUCGACAGUUAAGUGAACUUCCAAUGAACAUCUACAAACCAUCUAUUUGGCACAAUCUAAAUGAAGUGUUACGCUUCUCUGUUCUCUCUCCACUCAGUAAAAAUGAGAAUAGCUCCCAGAGUGAUGUUGAGCUCUAUGAUCUUGAGGUGGCUGUGGUAGCUGAUGUUAUCCUACAGGGGUGAGUCAUCAAGGAUGGAUGGAUGGAUAGACGGAUGGAUGGAUAGAUGGAUGGAUGGAUGGACGAACAAACAAAUGAAUUGAAUGGUCUCCAUCACUAUACUAAUAAUAUACUCCCUGUUUAGCUACACUCAAAGUGACUGGGUACCAAUAUAUUGUACUUCAACAGCCCCAGCCCCAAUGACAUUGUAAAUAAUGUUUCGGUACCAAGUUCUGUUGGGUAUGUGUACUGCAUCUUUUUACUAUUUUCUACUUUGUCCUAUGGUGUUACUCUCUCUCCUUUUCUCGAUUGAAGCGUUUCUCGUCCGGACAAGCUCCUCUUCCCUCCCCCAAAUUGGAGGAUGAGCCACAGCCUACAAGAGGAGCAGGAUAUUGGGUCUGAGAUCCAGCAUGUGUACGAGGUACUCAACGUAUUCCACUAGAGUUGAUUUUGUGUUAUUUUGUUAAGUGGGGUCAAGUGGAGUUGUAGGGUUAGGUGGUUGAACAAAUACUUCUCUUAGCUUCCUGGUACAGUAUGCUAACAUGGGCUCUCUCUCUCUCUCUCUCUCUCUCUCUCUCUCUCUCUCUCUCUCUCUCUAACUCUCUCUCUCUCUCUCUCUCUCUCUCUCUCUCUCUCUCUCUCUCUCUCUCUCUCUCUCUCUCUCUCUCUCUGUCUCUCUGUCUCUCUGUCUCUCUCUGUCUCUCUGUGUAAGUUGGUGAACAACGGGCCCAGUAUGAUCAGUCAGUCGGUCCUGGAGCUGCGAUGCCCUCUGAGAGCUCAGGGUCACGACCUUCUGUACCCUGUGGAGGUCAUCACUCAGGGACCACUCAACUGCAGCUCCAACCACACCCUCAAUGCACUGAAACUCAAGGUGAGGAACACACUUACACGUACACAUGCAUGGAUAUACGCAGGCAGGCACACACAAUCAUACUGGAUGCACACACUUGCUCAUACUAUACGUCCACAGACACUUAUCCUAGAUACUGUAUACAUUCACACCCACCCCUAAUAGAUUGUCAUUUAUUUUGUGUAGUGUCACAUAAUCAUUCACAGUAUUUACGCCAAGGAUGUGCAGUAGUCCAAUAUUACUCAAGUUUAUGAGUGACAAUGACCAUAUGAGUUUGUGUUAUGUGUCAAUGAGUGGAACAGUACAUGUGUAGUAUUCUGUGUGUGUUGCCAGCUCCAGCCUCCUACAACAGAACAGCCUCCCUACUCACAGACGGUCAGCCCUGAACACCACAUCCAGAGGAGAGAGGUCUACAGGGAUCCUCUGGCCGAACAAGGCAACUUGGUGAGACAGCUUUGUGUGUGUGUGUGUCUUGUGACCCAUUAGUGGUACUUUUAAUAGGUGAAAAAGGGUUAGGAGGUCGACUUGGUUUCUACAGUCACCUCUCAUGUUUGGAGUAGCUUCUAUUGCUUUUAGAGGAAGGGGUAAGUGGUGUUAGUGUGAUGUUGUUGGCUUGUACUGUGAGAGUGAAUACAUGUAUGGCUGAAAGGAAACCACUGGCCCAAACCCAUAAAUUACUAAACUCAUUGUAGCUACAAAUUCUUCAAAUGGAAACAUGACCAUGCACGCACACUCACAGUCAUCCACUGACAGAACUGACCAUACUCUUAGUGGUAGUGCCUCUCUAGAGCUGUUCAUCUGAUCCCCAUAUAAAGAUUCCGGGAGAUGUUUUCUCUCCUUCUUCCCUUAAUUGUCUCUCCUUUUACCUUUUCCUUUCUCUCAUUUUUUCAUUAUUUUUCACUCGUCUUGUUUUUCGACAUGCUUAACCCCAUACGGAGUCAACAGUGACACACAGCCGCUGAGGUCUGUUGACUCUAAAAACAGUAAAACAGUAGAUACCGGCUGUUAAAUGAAGUCACUUGGCACUUAGCCCAGGAGCACAGAGAUUAUAGAGGAUAGGGGUAAUAAUGAGUAUCUUAUGGGAGGCCUGUAGUUCACUAGCUUGUUAAAUAGACUGGCCUCGAACACUGCUGGUGCAGCAAUCAUGUUUAUUGGCCUGCCUAACCCCUUCUCUUCUUGAAGUCAUUGUCUAUUGUUCUUUUUACUUUGUUUGUUGUUUUUCAUCAUAAUUCAGUCUCUUUUUGAGUCAAGGCUUUCGUUUCAUGUCCUAACGAUAGCCUUAUGAGCUGAAUUACCACAGAAAGAAAACACUAAGAACCAUCCGUGGCUUCCCUAAUACCACAAAAGACAAACUGAAAGGAAAUUAUUCUCUCAUAAAAGGGAUAUGAGGAUAUCUAUCAUAAUAAGAUCUGCUCGUAAUUAUAAGUUAUAUAGAGUCGUUGUAUGAGAAAUAAACUUCUCCGAACAAAACAGAUCAAAACAGCUGUCAAAUCAAAACAGCUGUCAAAUCAAAACAGCUGUCAAAUCAAAACAGCUGUAAAAUCAAAACAGCUGUCUUUAGUUUUUCCCCUUUAUGCUCUCCACCCAUUAUUAUUCAGUUAUGCAAUCAUUAUUCAUUCCCUCUCUCCCCGUCAUUCAGUAUUCUGUCACUUCAAAAACGAAUGACCACAAAACAAUUAUCAAACAAAUUAACCAUGGCUCCCCACUUUUCCCAAAGGGCACAAAACUACAACCUAGUAUAAUUCCCUUUCAUUAAAAGCAAAGGGAUUAUCUCUUCAUGGAGAACUUGAAGAUACACUAAGUUUAGUUGCUAAUUGUUUACAUAAAAUGUUGGCUUGAGUGAUGCCCCAAAGGCAAACGUUCACAAUAGCCCCUUACUGCUCAUAAUCACAGAUUGUUAGCUAUAACUGUUUGUGAGACUGAUUGAAUGUAAUAUGUUGGGGGUCUGUAUUGAUUACUGUUUUCCUUCCUCCAUAGUCAUGCUCUACGGUGGAGUGCUGGAGGCUGCGCUGUCAUGUGGGGUUACUGGAGAGAGGAAGCAGUGUCAUUCUGACCGUUCGCUCACGCAUCUGGGCUGAGACCUUCAUCGAGGUGAGAGAGCGCGACUGUAGUUUGUACUACUGUCAUGUACCGUGCAGUACUGUUUCUAUUAAAUGGUCAUUUGGAUAGCACGUGUAUAUUCCGUUAUGUAGAUCAAAUGUAAUUGACCUUGGUACUAACAAUCCUUAUGAUUAUGUAGUCUUAGUACUAUAAUACUACUGCUAUUAUUAGUAGUUCAAAUGAAGAAUGAAGCUACUUCAGAAAGUAUUCAUACCCCUUGACUUAUUCCAAAUUUUUCUUGUGUUACAGUCUGAAUUCAAAAUGGAUUAAAUAUACUUUUUUUUAUCUCACACAUAAUACCCCAUAAUGAUUUUUUUGGGUUGAAAAUCUAUUCAAAAUUACAUACUGAAAUAUUUCAUUUACAUAAGUGAAGGCACUGUAGGUCCUGCUGGUCUGUGGUACAAUGUCGCCCUCUCCUGGUAGUACAUUUGAAAAGCAUAUUUAAAACAUUUUAGAGUAUCCGUUUUUACAGUGAAAGGUGUUGGGUUUUUUGUACACACUUUGGCAAUAUUUGGCAAAGUAGUUUAGAUGAUCUAUUGUCUCAUCCUUUCUUUUCUUUGAACUAAUGCCACAGAGGGCAUACAAGCAGUAUGUGCUGGAGUGUUCUGUCCAGUACGUAGUCAAGAACAUGCCCUAUGCCAUCGCUCCCAAAGUCAAACCCAGUGGAUCCACGAAGGCAAGUGCAAUUUAUUUAUUAAACUGUUCAUUUUUAGGUUUUUGAUGGUUUAUGCCGGUCCUGUCUGUAUGAUUUCUGAUAUCGUUUGACAAAGUGCACACAAAACAUUUAAAAAACAUUGUUAUGAGUAAUGUCACAUUGAGAUUUUAAGAAUCCAUUUUUUCCAAAUGACCUCUCACUCCCCCACGGUAACAACAUGUCAUUGUGUCGCAGGUCCUGACUCCAGUGAUGUGGAUCAAGCCGGACAGCCAGUACACGGUACCACUGUGGAUCAUCAUUCUGGCCAUACUGGCUGGACUGCUGCUGCUCGCCGUGCUCAUAUAUGUCCUAUACAAGGUAAGUGUAGCGUAAAGGACAAUGAACCCAACGGGCAAAAUCACAUGCAUGUUACGUCAUAAUGACAUCAUUUUCUGCUUGUAAACAGUUUUUAUGGUUGGGAAUACAUUAUAUAACCAGAUAAAGAUGUUGUCAUAGGAUAGACGUCAUACUAUUACAACCUGUUUCUGGUUGCUAAAAAUACAUAUACAAAAUCCCUUUACAGCCAGUAUACAACCUGACCAUGAGGUCCCAUAAGAGGUCGUCAUGAUAUCAUUGCAACUGCUUUUGCCAGCUAGCGAGUAGCAUAUCGUUCUUAAAAUAAUAUCUCAAAACGAUAAAAUAAGAUCAAGAUGAGAAGUGUUCAAAAUGUACAGUCUUGAAAGCGGAUGUUGUUAGCAAAUAACCAUGAACUGCAAACUAACUGAACUGGUACUAUGACAUCUAUGAGGGCUAUUCAUGUAAUUAUUGACUUUGAAAUUGUAAUAAGUCUAUUUUCUCUUUCCAUCCUUCCAGAUGGGCUUCUUCAAAAGAUCCGAUCCCUAUGGUACAGCCAUGGAGAAAGCUCAACUCAAACCCCAGGCUUCUUCUGAGGCC